ACACUGCGUCACGCCACGGCCUCGGGGGGAGGGAGACGGCCAGAACAAGAAAGUGGUUUGCAGCAGCGCGAGCCAUGGCGUCGAGUUCGAGCCUGAGUUUGGCGAAGACCAUGGCCUCCGGCAUCCUCCUCCACCGCCGCGCCGUCCCCAACGCCUCCUUCCUCCGGGGAACGGGAAGAAUAGCGGACGCCGGGAGGAGCAAGAACCAUGGCUUCUCCGCUUCCUCCUCCAACGGUGCAGCUGUGCCGUCCCUGACGAGUGACUCAGAGAAGAAGGGCCCUGUGAUCAUGGAAAUUCCACUGGACAAGAUCCGGAGGCCACUGAUGCGAACACGUGCAAAUGAUCCAGCCAAGGUGCAAGAGCUCAUGGACAGUAUCCGUGUCAUCGGACUCCAAGUACCUGUGGGUAUCUAUAUAAUCCUGAUCUAUUUCUUCAAUAUACAGAUUGAUGUGCUGGAGGUCGAUGGAGUUUACUAUGGUUUUUCUGGAUGCCACCGCUACGAGGCUCACCAGCGCCUAGGCCUCCCUACCAUCCGCUGUAAAGUGCGUCGAGGGACAAAGGAAACACUGAGGCACCAUAUGCGAUGAAUUGGAUGGUACUGAUGACCGAUGAACUUCUUCAGCCAGAAAGUGUUGUGUAUCUAGUUCUAAAAUGACCACCUCUUCUUCAUCGUCUUUUGUGAUCCUUCAUAGUUGUAACUUGUAAAUGUUACCCAUAAGAUCGGUGAACAGUACUUCUGAACUCUUCAGCAAAGGAAAUGUGGUGCCUUGCCUAGAAGUUCCUUUUACAUGGAGUAGGAUGACUGGAAGAGCAACCGAAUGCAAAGUUGGGUGGAUGUGUAGCCAGCCAGUCAGGAGAUGACUCUAUUCCUCCCUGCAGCUUGAUUAAUACAUUUUAAGAGAGAAAAUUGGGGUUUUAA